AUGCGUGUUUUGGUGUUCAUUCUCGCUGUCGGCGCUGUCCUCGCCGACUACCAAUCCCAAAACUCGGGUUACGAAACUGCUGAGAAGAGCCAGCCUCCACCCGAGUACCCACCAUCUUCGAACGGAGGUGAUCAACAAGGUUACAACUCAGAUGGUGCAGCCAACGACGCUCCUCCACCACGUUAUCAGCCAGGCGGUGGAAACGGCGGUGGAGUGCCAGGAGUACAGACUCCUGAUAUCAAUAUCAAGGUGCCUGGAGUGCAAACUCCGGACAUUGCUCCACCAGUUGAAGUGAAGCCGGUGCAACCCAUUCAGCCGUCGUAUCCUCCUCCUGGUCCUGGACCUGCUCCUUACAAGGAUUCUCAGCAAUAUCCAGCCAACGCUAACUACCAGCAAGGCGAGCAGGCACAACCUGCACCACAUGUUUCCGCUCAAGGAGGUGAUGGUCUCGCCUAUAGCAACGAAGUGCGUCUACGUGCACGUCGCUUCUAA